AUGCCGCGCCCGUUCUUGUUCCACGUCCUGGGAGUCUGGCUGCUGCUGAGCCAGAUUCCCAGAGCAAUCUCAGCCGGGUGGAUGGACGAAGUUAUCAAGCUGUGCGGCCGCGAGUUAGCCCGCGCCGAGAUCGACAUCUGCGGCAACAUGUACUACUACAGGGAGAGAACAGGGGUGAGGCAGAAGGAAACCCCUCGCCAAUCUGGACCACCUGCCGGUGAGAGCGCCCGCCCUCCGUCACCAGAGAAGGAGCAAAAUGCGAGAAUAGCAAACAGCCUCAACAGAGAGGAGCUCGGUGCCCUUCCCACAGGGCAUCCAGGGCGACGGGGUGGGCAGAAUGGGGAAGCUGGGGAGCCGGGGCGGAUAAAGCUGCCUACAGACCCGCAGGAGGCGGGCGCAUUCCCUGACCCCAGAGGAAAGCUGAGGGCCAGAGAGCUGGCGGGCUGGGGAUGGGCACCUGGACCUGCGUCUCAGACAGACAGGAAAGGGGCCGUGAGCCGGUGGGCUGCUCAUCAGCGUUUUUGCGAUCCGGAACAAAUCACGCCAUCCUCCAUCUAUGAAGACAGUACUUCACCAUCAGAAUACCUCGGCUUUGGUACUCAUUCCCGAAGAAAGAGACAGAUCCAUCGCUCCCUGAAUCAGCAAUGUUGCAACUUUGGUUGUACCAGAAAACAUAUUGCUAGAGCAUGCUGA